AUUUUUUGAGAUCUAAUUUACUCUCUGAUUAAUUUAAACAUCAACGAAAAUAAUUUACGUAAAAUUGUUUUCCCUAGUUCUAUUUCGUUUUUAAAUAUAAUUAACUAUUUCAAAUUAAUUUUCUUUAUUGCAGGAUACAAGCGUUACGCCAGAAAAGGAGGCAGGGGCGGUGGUAUGGGAGGAGGUAUGGGCGGUGGUAUGGGAGGAGGUAUGGGUAGUAUGAUGAUGCAACUCAUGAUGGGCGGAGGUAUGGGUGGGAUGCCAAUGCCCAUGAUGGGAGGUAUGGGUGGUAUGCCAAUGAUGGGAGGUAUGGGCGGAGGUAAAAUGGGCGGUGGAAUGCCAAUGCCAAUGCCGAUGCCACCAAUGCCGAUGCCGAUGCCAAUGCCAAUGCCAAUGCCAAUGCCGAUGCCAAUGCCAAUGCCAAUGCCAAUGGGAGGAAAAGGAGGUAUGGGUGGUGGAAUGCCAAUGAUGCCAAUGGGCGGGGGUAUGGGAGGUGGAAUGCCAAUGGGCGGCGGAAAGGGUGGAAUGGGCGAGGGUAUGCCAAUGAUGCCAAUGGGUGGUGGUAUGCCAAUGAUGCCAAUGGGCGGUGGUAUGCCAAUGGGCGGCGGAAAAGGAGGAAUGGGCGGCGGUAUGAUGAUGCCAAUGGGAGGUGGAAUGGGAGGAAUGAUGAUGCCAAUGGGUAAAGGUGGUAUGGGUGGUGGUAUGGGAAGAGGUAUGGGCGGUGGUAUGGGAGGAGGCAAAGGCGGAGCCGGUGGAAUGAGAGGCGGAGCCGGUGGUGCAGGUGGUGCCGGUGGUGCCAAAGGGGAUUAACUCAUGGAAAAAGUAUUAAUGUACUUGGACCAUAUAAAAGACUUUCCUAGAGAUAUUGGCGAUCUUGUAUACAAUCAGGAAUCAACGCGCUUCUCCUCAUGGACAUGUACAUUGGCGUAUCAUUCAUAGCAACAUUCAAGUGUAUAUAUUCCACGCAUGCGCAUUAAAUCAGCUCUUACAUCAGUCACGGACCAUGGACACUGUGAUACUGCGACCUGCAUACUGUUGCAUUGACAAAACUGAACUAUAGUCAUGUGAGAUCAAUUUAUUGCCGGAUGUAUGUUGUGACAGUGGCCUGCUGCCGUAACCAUGCCAUGUGGAUAACAAAUACUCUAUGUGUUGAUGAACAAAUUAAGCCUGGCUUAUACGCCCAUGUUCUUGUCUUGUUAUUUCCUAGUCGUUUUAUGUUUCGUUUGUGACUUUAUGUAGGGGUUAUGAAAAUAAAAAAUAGAUGCAUUUUGAAA